GUGGCCAGAACCUGCUGAAGCCAAAUGUUAUUGUUUCAAAAUAUGUCCUCUGGUCCUGGUUGGCAGCACUGUGGUUAUCUGGAUGGCAACAGAGGACAGAGAGGUGAUGGAAGCCCGAGGGGCAGGAGAAAGCUGCCCCACCCUCUCCAAGGUGGCACCUGGUGACAACAUACCCGAAGGGAAGUCAAAGGCUUCUUUGGAUGCAGAACCCCCAAAGCUAGAACUCUCUCUCCUGGAAGAGAAUGAAGCCUGUGAGGACAGAGAUUGUGCAGGGCACAAGUCACUGUCCCCAAAGUCUGGCCCUACCACCAAAGGUCAGGCUGGCGAUGGACCUGGACCCGGACCCGAACCCAUGGAGCUGCCUCUGCCCCUUGAGGCGGAACACCACAAUGCAAUGGAGCUGGAGAAGGUGCGCAUGGAGUUUGAGCUGACACGCCUGAAGUAUCUGCAUCAGGAGAACGAACGGCAGCGGCAGCACGAGGAGGUGAUGGAGCAGCUGCAGCAGCAGCAGCACCAGGCUCUGCCACGCCAGUUCUCAGGGGGCCUCCAGGACCUCUUGCUCCCCCAGAACCAGUUUGCCAUGUUCCUGUACUGCUUCAUCUUCAUCCACAUCAUCUACGUUACCAAGGAGAUGGUCUUCUUUCUCUUCUCCAAGCACUACCUGUUCUGCCUGGCGGCCAUACUGCUGUGUUUGAUUAAAACCCUGUGGUCCUACUUCCAAGUGCCUUUGCUUCUUCCAUCACGGACAAUGUCCUCUGUGUACCGCCAGACUCCUCCCCUCCCAUUGCAACCUGGCUCGAUGGCACAGCUGCCAGCUAGCUACUGA